UUCAGGAAGCCAUUACGCAGCUGGCUGGUAGCGGCCGGGCGGGUCCGGUCUGGGCCCUACGCACUUUGCGUAGCGAGAGGGGUUACCUAAGGCCUGGAGCUUGGCCUUGAGCAAGCCUGGCCUGUCCCCUGGAAGGGGGUGGGCUAGUAAGGGGUGAGGCAGAGGAAGCAGGAGAGGGAAAUUGGGGCUGUUGGGGACACUAUAAUUUUCUUUAUAUAUAAAGAGGGGAGGGGAGAGGAAAGGCCAUGGCAGUCCCAGCCAAGAAAAGAAAGAUGAACUUCUCAGAGCGAGAGGUGGAAAUCAUCGUCGAGGAGCUGGAGCUGAAGAAGCACCUGCUGGUGAACCACUUCAACGCUGGGGUCCCUCUGGCCGCCAAGAGCGCGGCCUGGCAUAGCAUCCUGAGAAGGGUCAAUGCUGUAGCCACCUGCCGCAGGGAGCUGCCUGAAGUCAAGAAGAAGUGGUCUGAUCUCAAGACCGAAGUCCGUCGUAAGGUUGCCCAAGUCCGGGCUGCCGUAGAGGGUGGCGAGGCCCCAGGACCCACUGAGGAGGAUGGAGCUGGUGGGCCUGGGACAGGCGGUGGCAAUGGCGGCAAUGGCCCAGCUGUAGCCCCGGUAUUGCUGACCCCCAUGCAACAACGCAUCUGUAACCUGCUGGGUGAGGCCACCAUCAUCAGCCUUCCCAGUACCACAGAGAUCCAUCCGGUGGCCCUUGGACCCACAGCCACUGCAACAGCAGCCACGGUCACCCUGACACAGAUCCCUACUGAGACUACCUAUCACACACUGGAGGAGGGAGUGGUAGAGUACUGUACCACUGAGGCUCCAGCACCCCUGCCAGCUGAGGCCCCCAUAGAGAUGAUAACCCAGCAUGCAGAUACCUCCGUGAAGCCUCAGGCACUCAAGAGUCGCAUAGCCCUCAACUCUGCCAAGCUGAUCCAGGAACAGCGGGUCACCAAUCUGCAUGUCAAGGAGAUUGCCCAGCAUCUAGAGCAGCAGAACGACCUGCUGCAGAUGAUCCGGCGCUCCCAGGAGGUACAGGCCUGUGCCCAGGAGCGCCAGGCCCAGGCCAUGGAGGGCACCCAGGCGGCCCUGAGUGUCCUCAUCCAGGUUCUCCGACCCAUGAUCAAAGAUUUUCGUCGCUACUUGCAGAGCAACACACCCAACCCGACCCCUGCCUCUGAUCCUGGACAGGUGCCUCAGAACGGGCAGUCGGACAGCAUCAUCCAGUGAGGACAGGGGUCAAGCCAGCCUUCUGCCACAAUUGGGUGAAACCUCCAUGGUCUUGUAAGUGGCCUCUGGGACUGGAUUUGGAAGGGCCACGUGGACAGUUCCCUCCUUGGCAGACAUUUGGUGGAGGAGGAGGGUCCACUGUUCUAAGAAAUGAAAGAGACUAGGAAGAGGAA